AUUUAUAGUGCGCCAACCCUGUACUUACCAGCUAGGCUGCGACCACACGCACUUUUCUGGGCCUAUUCCACAGUAUUAUGUGUGUCGAGGAUAAUCCCCACGCUCUAGUCGCAACAUUUGCUCACCUUUUUGGAAGUAUCCUAGCGGUUUAGCAUACCACUGGCUGAACAUGGAAUCACAGGAAGGACUGUCAGCAUCUUGUCGCUGUUACAGGCGGUGAAAUAUCCUGGGCGUUUUGCAAUAAAGCAUCGUCUUCGGGAGGAAUAACGAGAUUGGCCGUAUUUCAAAUGACUUUUUGUAAACAUCGUUUUAAGAUGAAAUCCUACGUGUUGCAAAGCCAUCAGAAUAGCGAAAUAUUUCCCCAAAUACAUUCACUCUUAAGGCCUAUAUGUGCUCUUUUAUACAGUUGCGAAAGGAAUUGACCAACCCGUUUACUGAACACGUUUCUAUAGUAUUCGUUGUAUCUGAAUGCAUUUUUCCUUUGACCCAAAUAUAUUGAUUUGAACCGGUUAGAUUAACUCAUUCAAUUGUCGUAGUAAACGUUAUUCCUGCAUACUUCAAAUAAAUGACGGCAUGUUGUAGCAUGACAGCAUUGGCUCAACUGAGGUCGCAUAUCGUUUUAGGUUUCGGUUCACUUUGUAUGCUGCUGUCUUUACAAAGGCAUUCUUUGAACACACUGGCAUCUACCAAACAAAUUCCUUCUUUUCAAAUGUUUAUCUGGACCAAGCAGGUGACCAGGCACCUGUGUGUUAAAGUGUACAGGAUGGUCUCUCCCUCAGUCAUACUAGUUUAUUCCACAGUGUUUUUAAACGCAGCUAUACCACAGCUCCAUGCCAGCAGAAAUGACCAUGUUGGCGGAUCAUGCAGCCAGACAGCUGCUGGAUUUCUCUCAGAAGCUGGAUAUCAACCUGUUGGACAAUGUUGUCAACUCCAUGUACUACGACAUCGGAUCCCAACAACGGAUGGCUCAGGAGGUGUUGACGAAUCUUAAGGAUCAUCCGGACGCUUGGACCAGGGUGGACACCAUCUUGGAGUUCUCCCAGAACAUGAAGACCAAGUACUACGCCCUGCAGAUCCUAGAAACGGUAAUCAAAACUCGUUGGAAGAUUCUCCCCAGAAAUCAGUGUGACGGAAUCAAGAAGUACGUUGUGGGUUUGAUAAUCAAGACCUCUUCUGAUCCUGUUAACGUAGAGAAGGAGGGUGUGUACAUCGCAAAACUCAACAUGAUCCUUGUCCAGAUCCUGAAGCAGGAGUGGCCCAAGCACUGGCCCAACUUCAUCAGUGACAUUGUGGGGGCAAGCCGAACCAGUGAGAGCCUCUGUCAGAACAACAUGACCAUCCUCAAGCUGCUCAGUGAGGAGGUGUUCGACUUCUCCAGUGGACAGAUGACUCAGGUCAAGGCCAAACACCUCAAGGACAGCAUGUGCAACGAGUUCUCCCAAAUAUUCCAGCUGUGCCAGUUCGUCAUGGAGAAUUCCCAGAAUGCACCUCUGGUCCACGCCACUCUGGAGACAUUGCUGCGCUUCCUGAACUGGAUCCCGCUGGGCUACAUCUUUGAGACCAAGCUCAUCAGUACUCUGGUUUACAAGUUCCUGGACGUGCCCAUGUUCCGCAACGUCACCCUCAAGUGUCUGACGGAGAUUGCGGGCGUCAGCGUCAACCAGUACGAGGAACAGUUUGUCAACCUGUUCACCCUCAACAUGUGCCAGCUCAAACAGAUGCUGCCCCUCAACACCAACAUCCGCCUGGCCUACUCCAACGGGAAGGAUGACGAGCAGAACUUCAUCCAGAACCUCAGCCUGUUCCUCUGUACCUUCCUUAAAGAGCACGGCCAGCUGGUUGAGAGGAAGCCCAACCUGAGGGAGACGCUCAUGGAGGCCCUGCACUACAUGCUGCUGGUGUCCGAGGUGGAGGAGACGGAGAUCUUCAAGAUCUGUCUGGAGUACUGGAACCACCUGGCAGCCGAGCUGUACCGCGAGAGCCCCUUCUCCACCUCCACCUCCCCGCUGCUGUCCGAUGUCCCGCCGCGGCGACACCUCUACCUACCCGUCCUGUCCAAGGUUCGGCUGCUGAUGGUGAGCCGCAUGGCCAAGCCUGAGGAGGUGCUGGUGGUGGAGAACGACCAGGGGGAGGUGGUGCGGGAGUUCAUGAAGGACACGGACUCCAUCAACCUCUACAAGAACAUGAGGGAGACGCUGGUGUACCUGACUCACCUGGACUACGCAGACACAGAGCGUAUCAUGACGGAAAAGCUCCACAACCAAGUGAACGGCACAGAGUGGUCCUGGAGGAACCUGAACACGCUCUGCUGGGCCAUCGGCUCCAUCAGCGGCGCCAUGCACGAGGAGGACGAGAAGAGGUUCCUGGUCACCGUCAUCAAGGACCUGCUGGGGCUGUGUGAGCAAAAGCGGGGGAAGGACAACAAGGCCAUCAUAGCCUCCAACAUCAUGUACAUCGUGGGCCAGUACCCCCGCUUCCUCCGGGCCCACUGGAAGUUCCUCAAGACCGUUGUCAACAAGCUCUUUGAGUUCAUGCACGAGACCCACGACGGUGUGCAGGACAUGGCGUGCGACACAUUCAUCAAGAUCGCACAGAAGUGCCGGCGCCACUUUGUGCAGGUGCAGGUGGGCGAGGUGAUGCCCUUCAUAGACGAGAUCCUGAGCAACAUCAACACCAUCAUCUGUGACCUGCAGCCCCAGCAGGUCCAUACGUUCUACGAGGCGGUGGGCUAUAUGAUCGGAGCACAGACGGACCAGGCGGUGCAGGAGCAUCUGAUAGAGAAGUACAUGAUGCUGCCCAACCAGGUGUGGGACAGCAUCAUCCAGCAAGCCACCAAGAACGUGGACAUCCUGAAGGAUGCAGAGACGGUCAGACAGCUGGGCAGCAUCCUGAAGACCAACGUGAGGGCCUGCAAGGCGGUGGGACACCCCUUCGUAGUGCAGCUGGGCCGCAUCUACCUGGACAUGCUCAACGUCUACAAGUGUCUGAGUGAAAACAUCUCCUCCGCCAUCCAGAGCAACGGGGAGAUGGUGACCAAGCAGCCCCUGAUCAGGAGCAUGCGGACGGUGAAGAGGGAGACCCUUAAGCUCAUCUCGGGCUGGGUCAGCCGCUCCAACGACCCCCAGAUGGUGGGAGAUAACUUUGUACCCCCCCUACUGGAGGCGGUGCUCAUCGACUACCAGCGCAACGUUCCGGCGGCCCGCGACCCCGAGGUUCUGAGCACCAUGGCAACCAUUGUCAACAAGUUGGGGGCGCACAUCACCACGGAGAUCCCCAAGAUCUUUGACGCCGUCUUUGAGUGCACGCUCAACAUGAUCAACAAGGACUUUGAGGAGUACCCAGAACACAGGACCCACUUCUUCUACCUGCUCCAGGCAGUCAACUCCCAGUGUUUCCCUGCCUUCUUGUCCAUCCCCCCGGCCCAAUUCAAGCUGGUCCUGGACUCCAUUAUCUGGGCCUUCAAGCAUACCAUGAGGAAUGUAGCGGACACAGGUCUCCAGAUCCUCUACACACUGCUUCAGAACGUGGCCCAGGAGGAGGCGGCGGCGCAGAGCUUCUACCAGACGUACUUCUGUGACAUCCUGCAGCACAUCUUCUCCGUGGUCACGGACACCUCCCACACCGCAGGUCUGACCAUGCACGCCUCCAUCCUGGCCUACAUGUUUAACCUUGUGGAGGAGGGGAAGAUCAGCGCUCCUCUCAGCCCCGCCAACCCCACCAACCAGGUGUACGUCCAGGAGUACGUUGCAAACCUGCUGAAGACCGCCUUCCCACACCUACAGGAUGCCCAGGUGAAGGUGUUUGUCACGGGCUUGUUUAGCCUGAACCAAGACAUCCCUGCCUUCAAGGAGCACCUCAGAGACUUCCUGGUGCAGAUCAAGGAGUUUGCGGGCGAGGACACCACUGACCUGUUCCUGGAGGAGCGGGAGACGUCUCUGCGCCAGGCCCAGGAGGAGAAGCACAAGAUCCAGAUGUCUGUGCCGGGCAUUCUCAACCCCCACGAGCUGCCUGAGGAGAUGUGUGACUGAGCGCUCCUUCUCUCCAACACAUGAAGGAGGAGGAGAGAGGUGGACGAGACAUUGGGGUGGAGGGAGAUGCAGGACUCUGCUCUCCUCCAUAGCUAGUAUUUCAUUGAGAUUUAGUUUGUUUUGUUGUUGGAACAAAGGUGAUUGGAUACCCGGGUGUGAGCUUGCGUGUGUGAUUGAAGACGGGGAGCAGUUGCGCCCCCAAGCACUUGGUUGUUGGUCGACCAAACCCUUGCCAUGAUGUACCGGACUGUACCGAGAGACGCCAGAAGCCCUACUGCUACGCGCUCAGGUCCCAUUUUAUAUACGAAGACUGCGUGUUUUGGUUUUGGUUUCAUUUUUUUGUUCCCAAUUCAAGCGAUUGGUUUUGUUUAUACGAUUUGUUGACGUACGUGAAGUGGAACGAAUAAAGAUUAUUUUGAUCUCUUGUAUUCACAUCCCACCCGCCCUUCCCCCUACACAGUGCAUAGUUCCUUUUUAUUUUGUCAAUAUGUAAUAUAUAUAUCUGUGGAUCCAGUCCUGAGGCAUUGAGGGCAGGCUGCGCUGCCCCCUGGUGGUCCCCUGUGCACUCGCUUGUGGAUGUAAUGCUGAGCGGUACGGAUGGACAUCUUACUGCCUUUUUUUUAUUUUACUUUUUGUGCGUGUUGGUUAUUCUUUUUUUCAUCCUUUUGUGGGGGUUGAGAUGGAGCUGGCAACCUGAACGCUCAGUCUGGACAGAAAGUGCGAAGGAAGGUUUUGUGCAUACCAUUCUGUUUGUAAAACUAUCUUAGUACUAUGGGAACAUAAAGUUGGCUAUUUUUACAAAA